UUGGUGCCGGCUGAAGAAGAAGCUUUACAGCGUGCCGUGGUCGAGGUCCUCUCAGAGAUCCCUAACAACGCAUACGACCUCAAGCCUCGACCAGAGGCCACUGGACUUGAAGCAGCCUGCUAUGAACAGGCUGUCUCACUUGCUCGCGCUAUCCCUGGCCUUGGGCUUAAUAUGGCCACACCCUCUGGCCUACUUGGCUUGAUCACCAAUCAGGUCAGACUGGAAGCUGUGCGUGACCUCGCCGCUAUUCACGGUCGCAGCGCAGCCUCCGGAGCUGGUGGCUCGGGAGGUCAGGGGACCGCUUCUGCAUCGGUGGGAGGCCGAAUCCCUGGGGUGUUAGGCAAUGCUGGAUCGCCAGCCGGUAUGGCGCCUCCGCCACUGCCUCCUGGGGCUCUAUUGACACCAUAUGAGGUAGCCUGCAAUGAAGCUGCUGCUUACCUCGCUUCUGGGAUGCCGGCACUUUUGACUCAUCGACGCGACCUUGCGGAUCUAGCCAAGAAAGCAGUUCGCUUGUGUGGCUGUAUAUUUUCACACACGCCGACAACUUUGAUGGAUAAGAUCGGUGGAGGUUAUCGCUUCUAUUGUUCUGACCAAAUGUCCGAGCUCGAUCUUUCGGCAGCCGAACGCCUUCUAACUAACAGUCUUGAAGAGAAUGAUGAAAUAGUCGAGGCUCUAUCUGCCCUUGGUCUUCAUUCCAUCACCUCCGGAAGUCUCUCUCCGGCCAUAUCUGAAUCAUCAACGGAUACUGUGCAAUAUGGUUUUGCUCGCAGUGACGGAGUUUUUUCGAACAUUAUGAAUCCCAAGUAA